GAAGGUUGUUUUUUCCUUGUAGUGAGCGCCUGGUGUUGCUGAUGUAUGUUUUUUUUCGUAUGUAUGUUACGCGAUAACUCCGGUGGCAUUUGUUAACCGAUUUUUAUGAUUGUUUUUUUAUUGGGAAGAGGGUACCUCAGAAGUGGUCCCAUUUAAAUUUUAAGAAAAUACUCCACCUCAUUCCUAACGACUUUUGAGGUCGGUUUUUUUAAUAGUCCGUACUGAGAUUAUUUUUGAUGUUGGUUGUAUGCAGCCAUUUAGUAGUCGACUCGUUAAACCGCGCAAAGUUAAAAAUAAAUUAAUUAUUCUCUGUUUAACAUCGCCAGAGAUAGGAAUAAAUAUUGAAUAAAAUAUAUAAUAAGGAAAAGUUACUCUAUAUUUGUAGCAUAGAUUAACUAACUGUGUAAUUAAUUACGAACGAUAGCGUAAAUCAAAUAUUUGUACUGUACCUACAUUUAUCUUACGACGACAUAACGUCAUUAAACCGUAUACUAUCUAACUGUGUGUGUAAGGCAAAACAAACCACAACUGUCGUAUAAAAAGAAUCGUUGUGAAUAAUUUCACCAGGCAAGUUAUUUAUUUUUUCGAGCACCGACAUUUUGUGAUUGUUGUCUUAAAAUGACUACAACAAAUGAAGAUAAUUUAGAAUAUAUAAAUCACGUUACUGAGGAAGAUGUCAAAUAUGUUUUAAAGAGCAGUGGAUUUACAAACAAUGAUAUAACCUACAACUAUGUUGUUAAAAAUGCAAGUAACAAAAUGUUGGGAUUUCUGUCAGACUAUUGGAGGUUACAAGUUGUCGUGAAGUCGAAAUCUCAAAAGCAAGUUCUGUCAUUCUUUAUUAAAGCAGUGUCAAGAUCAAAUGCAGCUAAAGCUAAAGUAGUCAAAGAGUUGAAUCUGUUUGAAAAAGAAUCGACUUUUUACUCGGUAAUUAAAACGGCUUUGUAUGUUCCCGGUCUAAAACCAUGGAGUGCUGAAUUAAUUACAACUUUGAAUGAUGCAAUGGUAUUCCAAGAUCUAAACGCAAUGCAAUAUACGUUACGUAACAAAUUUCAAAGAUUUGAUACCGCGCACACAUUGCAGGCCUUACAGACUCUUAGCAGAUUCCACGGUUCAUCUAUAAUUUUUGAAAUCAAAAAGAGUAAAGAGCUUCGAAAGCCUUUUAGUAUAAAUGAUGAAUUUGGACAGUACUUAGAUAACGGCGCCUACAUCAGCACAGAUCCUUGGUACAUACAAUGUAUGACAGGAGUACUGGAAGCUGUUAGGAUUUAUUCCAAAUAUCACACAGAUAGUAAAGUUAUGAAAGAAAUUGAGAGUCGUUGGACCGAUAUUUGGAAUACCGCUUGCAAUCUCAGUGAAUCUUCACCGAAACGGACAAAAGUAAUAUGUCAUCGUGAUUUGUGGGUCAACAAUGUCCUCUUUCAUUACAAAGCUGAUACGAAUGAACCAGAUGAUUGUGUGCUGGUCGAUUUUCAAGCAGUCAAAUGUCAACCUCCUGCUGCCGAUGUCAUGUUGCUUCUGUAUUGUAACUUGGAACCUAAAUUUCGUGAAGAAAAUAUGAAAAUGUUUCUGAAUUAUUAUUACGAACAACUUAAAAUAGUACUUAACGACAAUAGUGUUCGUAUCAAUGACGUCCUACCAAAAGAAGAAUUCUUGGCAACUUCAGAAGAGUACAGACUCUGGGGUGUAGUCGUUUGUGCAUGUUUAAUUCCACAAUUUUGGGUUGACGACGAACUUACAAAAAGUAUUUUCUGUGACGCUGUACAAUUUAACGAAAUUCUUUCGAAAGAUAAAGCUUCGUUCAUUAAGAAAAUGAUGCAAGAAAAUGAAGAUUACAAGAUCAGUGUUAUGAACAUAUUUAAUGAAAUCGUGGAAAGAUAUUGCAUUCAAAAGUAACAUGAACUCUAUAAGCAAGACGCGUAUUAAUGAGAAUAUUUCCUCAAAUCUAAGACAACUUCUUUAAACUGGCUUGUCUAGUAUCUUGUCAUAUCUAUACCCAAAACUCUAUGUGACACGCGAAGCUUAUAUUAGAAUUCAUAGCGUGAGAUACAAAUCUGUACCGAAACAAUCGAAACUAUGGUAUAUUGGUGCAAUAAUGUCCGUUCGUAAACAAACCACGUGCAUGAAUAUCUAACGAUUGACAAAUUCAGUGCGUUGCUUGGAUUGCCUGUCAUUAUCAUGAUCGUUGGUUUUGUGGUAUCGCCA